AUGUCUGACAAAGGGAGCAGCACAAAUGGCGGGCCAGACUUACGGAAUAGAAGCCUGCGCAGUAGCCCAGAGGAGCCGUCUGGAGCAGAGGCCGGGAGGGAGACAUCUUCACAUAGUGAAAUGAGCUUGAGACUGACCAGAGAUGGUGGCGGUACCGGGGACAGUGGUGUCCUCAGCCUGGCAGGCGCAGAAAGUCAAGGCACAGACACAGGAAAUUCAAGUGACGACUUCGACUUUGGAAAUAUGGAAGAUAGUGACCAUUUCCACGAGAAUGAAGAAAACCUCAUCUAUUGCUUCUUAGAUGAGGAGGGGCCAGGAGAGGAAGAGGAGGAGGAAGAAGCAGCAGCAGAACAGCCUCAGGUACAGUGCAACGAGGCUACCCAUUGUCAGUAUUUAUCAGAUAAGGAUCAGGCUCUGGAGAAUUGGAUGUCCUCAGAGACAUCUGCCCUGCCUCGCCCUCGCUGGCAAGUCCUUACUGCUCUUCGCGAGCGGCAGCUGGGUUCAAGUGCCCGCUUUGUAUAUGAGGCCUGUGGGGCAAGAGUCUUUGUGCAGCGUUUCCAGCUGCAGUAUGAGCUUAAAGGCCAUAGCAGAUGUGUCAAUAGUGUGCACUUUAACCAGUGUGGCACCUGGCUGGCCAGUAGCAGUGAUGACCGUAGAGUGAUAGUGUGGGACUGGAUGCGUCAGCAGCCAGUACUGGACUUUGCGAGUGGCCACAGAAAUAAUGUCUUUCAAGCCAAGUUCCUUCCCAACUGUGGUGAUCCCACCCUGGCCAUGUGUGCCCGUGAUGGGCAGAUACGGGUGGCAGAGCUAUCUGCUAUACCACACUGCAGGAAUACUAAGUGUGUGGCCCAGCAUAGGGGAGCCUCCCAUAAGUUGGCUCUGGAGCCAGACUCCCCUAAGUUCCUAACUUCAGGCGAAGACGCAGUUGUCUUCGCCAUUGACCUCAGACAAUGCCAGCCAGUUUCAAGAGUGGUGGUAACAAAAGAUAAGGAAAAUAAAGUGGGACUGUAUACAAUCCAUGUGAAUCCUGCCAAUACUUACCAGUUUGCAGUGGGUGGACGAGAUCAGUAUGUAAGAAUUUAUGACCAGAGGAAAAUAGAUGAGAAUGAGAAUAAUGGUGUGCUCAAGAAAUUCUGUCCUCAUCACCUGGUCAACUGUGAUUCCAAAGCAAGUAUCACCUGCCUUGUGUAUAGCCACGAUGGCACAGAGCUCCUGGCCAGUUACAACGAUGAUGAUAUUUACCUCUUUAACUCCUCUGACUGUGAUGGAGCCCAGUAUGUUAAGAGAUAUAAGGGGCACAGAAAUAAUGCCACAAUCAAAGGUGUCAAUUUCUAUGGCCCCAAAAGUGAGUUUGUGGUGAGUGGUAGUGAUUGCGGGCACAUCUUCUUCUGGGAGAAAUCAUCCUGCCAAAUUAUUCAGUUCAUGGAGGGGGACAAGGAAGGUACUGUGAACUGUCUUGAGCCCCAUCCUUACCUACCUGUGAUGGCAACUGGUGGCCUAGACCAUGAGGCAAAGAUCUGGGCACCCACAGCUACAACUACCACUGAGCUUCUUGGGUUAAAGCAAGUGAUUAAGAACAACAAGGAGGAACGAGAUGAAGAUAGAUUGCACCCCGUUAACCUGUUCCCAAGCCACUUGCAUUGCUUCCUCAUGCAUUACCUGACACAGAGACGUCAUCGCCAGCACCAGGGCGCUCCUGGAGUUGGGGUCAUGGAUGCAGACCUGGAUGAGUCUUCCAGUGCCUCAGGUGCAUCCGAGGGGGAAGAGAGCCAAGACCGUGUGGAGUGCCUGCCAUCCUGA